UUGGACUAAAGCCCCCAGAAUUCUGAGUGGGGAACUUCCGGCAGACUUUUGGGUGUUAAAAAAUAAAAAUGACAGCCUGAUCCCAGGUUGUGACAGUUUCCCUCACCUUUGAAAUUUUAUAUACCUUACCCAGAAAUCCAUACAAAUGGGAAAAUGCACGUGCAUAAUUUCUGAAGGCACACAGAAGCCUGUGAAAUAGUAUAUCAUCACUUAAACAUUGAUUUGACUAACCUACCCUUGUACGGUUUCAGCACUGCUAGGGGACUAGUUCAAACAGAAUUCUCUGUUCCUUGCAAUGUUAGUUUAAAGGAUCCUAGAGCUGCUUGUGAAGAUGUGCAUGAUUUUGGUAUGGCGCUGUGUUGUGGUGGUCUCAUCCACGGAGUGAUGUCACAGUAGUACAACUACCAGCUUUGAAGGCUAGAAGGAAGGGACAUUCGACAGCAGUUGCAUCCACCACCCUGGCCACAAAAGCCUAUUACAUAAUUUGUUAGUUUUGGAGGUGCCACGAGACCCUUAAUUGCUUUUGCUACCAUAAACUCACACAGGUAACCCCCAAAACCUGUGAGAGUACAGGACAAAGAUGUUGUCAAGGCCCAAGCCAGGGGAGUCAGAAGCAGAUUUGCUGAGGUUCCAAAAUCAGUUCCUGGCAGCAAAAUCUUCACCAGCAGUGAAAAUUGUAAAGAAAGCAGAUAAGAGGAGAGGGGAUAUUGGGAGUGGAGAAGAUGAGAGACCGCCACUGCAGUGCGACAGGGAUGUGGUGACAUUGGAUGGAUUUCCUGAUGUGCCCCCAUCUUUAACACCAGCUCCUCCAAAGAAAUCCAAAUUCAAAAGGGCCCAUGUCCAUUUUGAUGAUGACCCAGGGCAGCUGUUAGAUCAAGCUGAUCAACACAUCACAGCAGUCUUCAACAAAAUCAUUGAACAUGACACAAGCACUGCUAGUGUGACCAUGCCAGUGUUUACAGGAGAUCCAUUUCCCAGAGUUUUUCACAGGUCGGAAAUAAAAACAGAGGCAAAAUUGGCACCUGGAGGGAAGAGUAUCUUUGCCCAGAAAAUAGCUGCUAAGAGAGCAGUCGAAGGGCCUCAGACCUCCGCUGCCGCUGUCAAUAAAGCUGAACAGACAAGUCUUGAAGAUAAGUCUGUGGAGAAUGUACACUGCCAGUGGUCUCAUAUUGUCACCGGGGAGGGUCUUGGAAGCCUCGUUGGUGAGCAAGAAGCCCAGAACAUCCACAAGGAGAACAUAGAGAGGUUGCAGUCUAUGUCGAAAGAAGAAAUCUUAGAGGAGCGGAAGCGACUCCUGGCUCAGCUAGAUCCCAGUUUACUUGCCUUCCUAAAGUCUCGACAUGGUGUUAAUGCAAAAAAGGAAGGAGAAGAACAAAUGGAACAUGACAGGCCAAGAAAGCUUAUGCAACCAGAAACAGGGCCUCUGCCCCAGCAAGAGGGAGAAGACAUGCCAAAAGCUGCUUUCUUACAGGAGUCAGACACAGAAGGGGAGCCAGGCAUGGAAGACUCUUCAAGGACUGAUGCUUGUCAAAGGAUGGAUGUCACAGAUGCUGACCUUCCUGUGAAGCCUCAGAAAGAAUGGCUUCACAUGGGCAAUGUAGAAUUUGAGAAGCUGGAGUGGAUGAAGGAUUUACCUCAGCUUCGACAGAGAAAAACCAAAAAGGGAAUGCAAGCACGCUUUAGUCUGAAGGGGGAACUAAUUCCACCAGAGAAAGACUUGCCUACACAUUUGGGCUUACACCACCAUGGAGAAGAAGCAGAGAGGGCUGGCUACUCACUCCAGGAGCUCUUCCACUUGUCUCGCAGCAAGGUGAUUCAGCAAAGGACUCUGGCUUUACAGGUGCUGGGCCAUGUAGUCCAGAAGGCCAAGGCAGGGGAGUUUGCCAGCUUGCUGAAAGAAAGUGUCCUGCGAGUGCUGCUUGAUGCUGGUUUCCUCUUCUUGCUGCGUUUCUCCAUGGAUGAUCCAGUGGAGAAUGUCAUUGCAGCCACCAUCCAUGCCCUCCAUGCUCUUUUGGUCUCUCCCAAUGAUGAGGAAUAUCUUGACAAGACCUUCUCAUGGUAUCAGGGUAUGAGGUUUUACCCUUUUACUCCAACCAGUAAGGAAGAAGAUGAGGAGGAAGAGGAAGAAGGUGAACAAACUGUAGAAAAAACACUGGAGAGGAAAUCAACAGACGAAAACAAACCAGAUUCAGAAGUGGCUCGGUAUGAUGUUGUGAAGGGACUUCUAAAGACCAGGAUUCUUCAUCGCCUGAGAUACAUUCUGGAAGUGAUGCGACCUGUGCCCUUGGUAGUUGUGGAGAUUUUAGAGAUCCUCACUCGCAUCGCAAGGCACUCCUCUGAAGCAUGCAGUCAGGUCUUGGGUUGCCCUCGUCUGAUUGAGACUGUCAUCAGAGAAUUCCUUCCCACCCAAUGGAGUCCAACAGUGGCGGAGCCUGGGCAGUUUCUUACAAGCCUCCAUGGAGUUCCAUGUGCCCCUGCCAUGAAACUAAUUAGAAUCUUGGCAUCCGGAGGGCGAAAUGCAGCUGCCAGGCUGCUUAAUAAGUUUGAAAUGAAGAGUCGACUGAGUCGUUUUAUUGCUGAAGAUCCCAAAGAUCUUCCUCUGGGGAUUGAGGAAGCCAUAAGGAUAAACACAGAGGCAUUCCGCUUGUGGGCUAUCACUGCUGGCUACGGUCAAGCCUGUGAUCUCUAUGUGGAUCUCUAUCCUAUGCUGAUGAAGAUGGUUCCGUCUCUGACUCGGCUGUCCAGUGAUUUUCAAGCAAAUAAGUCUACAUUUGAGCUUUGUAUCCAGCAAGCUGCAGCAGUGGUGACUCUGCUCACCCAAGUGACACAAACUGCGGGCUGCAGAGCAGAACUGCAGGCUCAAUUGAUCAGAAAUGAGCCAGAAGGCAGUGAUCAAAUUCCACUUCCACCAGUCACCUGGAGUCAGGUGUCAGGUUUCAGACCCAUAAUUGACUCUAUUUUGAAGCAGUGCCUUAAGCAGAUAUCUCACUUCGAUACCUGGCAAGAACUGCAGCCUCUCACUACAGCCUGUGUCAUCUAUCUGGAGGUGUAUUACAGUAAUUGCAGUCAACAGCCAUCAGUUAACCCUGUUGACUGUCUGGAAGAACUGGAACAUCUGACCUCAACUACGCUGUUGCCUCUCCUUAACCAGCCAGCUAUGCAAGUCCUCUGGGAAAUGCUCAGGCCAUGCUCUGCUCUGUGCAAUCCUUUCUCCUGUUCUCCAGCACCAGAAUCUCUCCCCAACCUUGUUUCUCUGAGUUGCACUGGAAGGAAGCCUCCAAUGAGUUUAGCAGGCUCUAAAUCACCUUUUCCUUUCCUAACUGCCUUCCUCGCCCUCAUCAACAGCAUCAUUCAUCUCCACAAAGGGCUGGUUGGUGAGUAUGUUUCUAUAAUGGAUGUGAAAAGUCUGAAAGAUUAUCUGAUCCAAAGCUGGACUACUGGGCCACCUUUUCUAGCCUCUUCCUCUGCCUGGCUUUUGCGCCAUGAAUACCACUUUCAAUAUUUUGUCCUCGCAGUCGCUCAGAAAAUGGCAGAUACUUGUCCGGAUUACAACCAGCAUGCUUCACUCCAUCACUUUGUUGCCAUGGCGCUGUUAAGUCGUUUGUUGCCAGGCAGCGAGCACCUGGCUCACGAACUCCUAUUGGGCCUCGUUUUUAAUCCAAAACUGAUUCCAGAAGGCAAAGAAGGAGGCCCAGAAGCUGCUGACUUCUCAGACCUUCUGCAGUUGGACUCGAAGGCAAAGCCAGGCUCAGCUGCUGCCAUGCCCUCCUUCCCUACUCGUGGUGCCUUACUGAAAGAAGCAUACCAGCAUCUCCCACUUAUCCAGGCCUGUUACCUUUCUCAUUUUGCUUACCUGGAACCUGCUCUUCAUCGCUCCACGCAUGUUUACCAAGGACGAACUCACCUUGUGCAAUCUAUGCUGCUCCCUGAGGUCAGAGGACCUGUUCUUCCUUCUGACUGGCCAUUCCUUCCUCUGAUCAGCCUCUAUAACAAAGUGACAGGAUCAGAACCCCUGUGGGCUGUGCUGCCUUCUCUUCCCGUGGACCUAGUGAAUGUUGUGACUCGGAACCUGCAGUGGGUCCUCCUGUUGGAGACCUGGAGAGCCAAAGUCCUUCAAGGCAUCUCAGCAGCAGCCAAAUUCGCAAGACUGAUGUGUGUCUUCCUCACAGGCAGUGACUUGUUCCUGGAAGGCCCUGUCCACUGCUACGCGGCUGCUCUCCUCUCCCUGUACUGCCAUCCUAGAGUGCAGGACUCCUUGAACUUAGAUGCUCCUCUCCCUGGCUUAGCCUCUUUUCACGACCUUUACAUCAACCUCCUUGAACAAUUUGAAGGAGUUUCCUUUGGUGACCCUCUCUUUGGUAUCUUUGUGCUUCUUCCUCUUCAGAGGCGUUUCAGCGUUCAGCUAAGGAUGGCAGUCUUUGGGGAACAUGUGAGCACCUUGAGAGCACUUGGAGUCCCGCUCCAGCAGUUCCCUUUGCCUUUGGAGCAAUACCUUUCCCCUCCUGAGGACAAUAUCAACCUCCUACAGCAGUACUUCCAGGCCCUGGUGACAGGGGCCUUGCGUCAAAAUUGGUGCCCAGUACUUUAUGUGGUUGCUGUGGCCCAUGUUAACAGCUUCAUUUUCUCUCAGGACAGCACCACAGAGGAGGCUGAUGCUGCCCGAAAAACCAUGCUGAAGAAGACCUGGUUCUUGGCAGAUGAGGCACUGAAGAGACAUCUACUCUAUUACAAAUUGCCUAACAAAGAUAGCCCAGUGGGGUUUGACCUUUACAAGGAGCUUCCUGUCAUUCGACUGAAAUACCUGCAUGCUGUGACUAAGAAGGAACACACGAGGGAGACCUUGGUGCCAGACUCGUAGAGAAGAAUCUCAGCAGCGGGAGAGAUGGCACCUGGGAGAUGGCAUAAAGGCUCAGUGAACUCCGCGAUGUCUCUUGUGAACCCAAUGCUCAUGGUCUGCGUAGUCAGCCUGGGGCUCCCUUAGCCCUGGUAGGGUAUCAGACUGUCUUUCUGCUUCUAAGCAACGUUUUUAAAAAAAAAUAAAGAAUGGAGGAAAGGGGAAGGAGAAGG